GAAGAGCUCACAAUAAUUUCAAACAGCAUCAAAAAAUCGAUAUAGCAGAACGAAAUUCUUGAUGUGAAAAGAAUAUCUAUUUUCCGCGCGUAGGUAGUGCACAAAAAUGUCGGACGAGGAAGAAGAAUCAAUGUCUGAAGGAUUUUCAGCCAGCGAGGAUGAAUGGAAGCCAACAAAAGAUGUACGUGGUGGAGAAUCAUCUGAUGAUGAUGAUAGCGAUUUCGAAGAGCUGCGUCAAACUGCAGGCGCGCAAAAUAUCAGUGGUUCUAGUGCUGUUGGAAGAAGAAAGGGGACAACGGCUGCUAAGGCUGCUGUAAAGCAAACUGCCAUUAAGAAACGCAAAGCCGCUGGUCAAUCACUGCGCACUAAACUCUACAACAAAUAUCGGCCACCACCAAAAACAUUUCUAUCGCCAAAUAGUGCUGGCAGUAAUUCACCAUCGGCGUCAACCUCACGAACGGCUUCAAAAAACGCCCCAAUGCCCAAUGAAAGUGGCGAACCUGGCAACGACUCCAGCAGCGAAUCAAGCGUCGAAGAUUAUCUGGUAAAUCCAGAGGAUAUCGAUUUUCAAUCGAGCUUUUUCAACGUACAACGUAUAGACAAAGAAAAAUCCACUUCACCAGUACCCGUUUUCGAUUGCAAUGCGGGUAUAGCGAAACUCUCUGAUUCGGAUUCAGAGGAUAACAACGAAUCUAGUGCCGAUGAGCAAGCAAAUGGAAAGUCAUUUGAUUUUGCAAAUUUGUUGGAUAAUGUUAAUAGUCUGGAGCGUGCCAAGGAAACCAUAGCGCAACGUGGUGCUGAAACCAAACAGCAAGUCACCAAAACAAUCGGUGAAAAUGUGAAUGCAAACGCUAUGGAUGUCAACUCGCUACUUGCAUUGGGCGAAAAGCAAAGUAAUACUGCCUUGCGUAGUGUUAAGUCGAAGGAUGAUGGCGAAGAGGAGGACGAUGAAUGUGAAAUUGAACGUGCACCGCAUAAACUAAGCAAAACGAAGUCGACACGCGUUAAACGGCAUACUAAAACGCGACCAGCUUCAACGGUUGUCGCCGGAGAUACUGAUGAUUCGGACUUUGAGGAAGUGGCAGAAGACACACACUCUGUGUCGCACUCAACCACUCACGAUUCCAGCGCACUGCUGAACACCUCGGAGGGUUUGGAGAUUCACGUGGAGCUGCCUGGCAAACAGCGGCGCACCAAAGAGAAAAACCAGCAGGACUUAGAGUUGGCGCUCAAACGAAAAUUGAAUCGCGAUUUGAAAGAACGUUACUUUAAUUUACACAAAACUACUUUAUUGUGUUGUUUUGCACGUAGUUACCGUUACAAUCGGCUGCUCAACGACACACCGCUGAUGCAGGCCGCAUUAAAAUUGCUGCCGAGCAGCAAUGCCUAUCCACCAGUGCGUGGCACCGAGAUCAAGUACUUUCAGUCAAUGGUCACUUGGUAUAAGACCGCUGUGAAGUUGGAUUCGCCCAAUUUAUAUGGUGAGAAGGUGCGUAAGAGUAGGCGGCGAGUGAAGCGGGAGCUCAUGUCGCAGAUUAAACGUAAGGAGGCAAGUUGCAAACAGGAUUUUGUAUUUAUAUUUGUGUGUUUACUGCGUGCGAUGGGCUUGCAGUGCCGGCUGAUUGUCAAUAUGCAGCCGCUGCCGCUGCGGCCAUCUCCAUCAGAUUUGUUGACGAUCAAAUUAAAGCGCGAGGGCGAUAAAAAGGAAGAGGAUGCGGUGGAGGUAAAGAAGUUGAAAGUCGAAAGUGACAUAACAACUGGAACAGAGAGUAAGAAGCAGCUUGAAAAGACCAGCAAGGAGAAGGCUACAAAAGCAAAGGAAAAGAGUGUGAAAGAGGAGAAGAAGAGAGAUAAAGAAAAAGAGAAAGCACGGGAUAAGGGCAGUGAGAAGGCGGUUAAAGAGAAAGUCACGAAGGAAAAAGAAAAGGUAGGUAAGGAUGUUGUCAAGAGUAGUCGUGCCAAGGUAGUUUCAAAAAAUUCCGAUAAGGAAGCGGUGCAGAAAAGCUCUCACGAAGUAAGUAAAAAAACGCCAAGUGCCAAGCUAGCUGAAUUAAAAGCGGUAGAGCAAUCUGAAAGUAAGGAUCACAUUGUAAAGUUAAACGAAAAUCUAACACAAACACAGCAGCCUUCAAAAAGAGCUCUGGUCAAAGUAUCAAAAGAAGAAGCGGCAGCGGAUGCUAAGAAUGCACUGAACAGCUCAAAAGAAAAAUUAUCUACAAAGGAAGUAAAACCGAAGCUUUCGCGUCUAAAGAGCAAAAGAAAUGUCACGAAUCCUAAUGAGCGUGACAAGCUCGACUUAUCGGCUGAUAAGCCUGGUCUCAGCGUUGAAGCAAUGACAACUGCACAAGCCAAGCGGCAAAUUUCCACUGAGAAGCCAAUAAUAAAUAAAGCAAAAGCGGCAACUAAAAGCGCUAAGCCAGUAAUACAAAUUGGUUCACCUGUCAUACCGAAAAUCGUGAUCCAAUCAGGUAAAACAGUUAUCACUGCCGAACGUGAGAACCAACCACAUGCCAGUAGCACCCGGACGCGUGUCACUCGUUCUCGGAGUAAAUCCCCCAAAAUGCAUAUCUCACCUACGUUCCUACAGAGCACAGAUUAUAGAAAUAAAUUUCCUGAGCCCGCAGCUAAUGUAAAAGCACUGCCGAAAGCUGGCCGUAUCCCGACACGUGCAAGAUCAAAAAGUCCAAAGCAGAAAAUACAAAUUUCGACAGAUUUCUUGAAAGGACAUGGUACCAGCGCCGCCGAAUCAAUUGCAGGCAGCACACGAGUAGGACGUAUCUUACGUUCACGUCAAAAAUCCAAUGAGGUUGCUGGUAGUGAUAAAAAACUACCGCCAGUGCCACAAUUAGAUGGCGCUGACGAUAGUUUGGAGAAGGUGCCGUCUAAAAGUAAGCGUCCACAAUUAAAAAAGUUGAAAAUGAAAUCGCGAUCGCGUGACGACGAUUCCGAUUCCGACUUUGAGCCGUCACCACCGAAACAGCUCAAAAAGCCGCCACAAUUACCAACAAAGAAGCCUGUGGACCGUCGUGUGUUGUCGUCCGAUGAGGAGGAAGGUGGUGGCGGUAAAGUCAAGCGUAAUCCAACAGCGGCAGAUAUUUGGGUGGAAGUGUGGUCCGAUGCGGAAGAGCAGUGGGUUUGCAUAGAGUUGUUUAAAGGCAAAUUGCACUCCGUAGAGGCGAUCAGGAAAGCCGCCUCUUCCAGUUUCGCCUACGUGUUCGCAUUCCAAAAUGAUUUGAGCAUUAAGGAUGUGACUGCUCGUUAUUGUCCCAAUUGGACAACAACUGUACGCAAGUCACGUGUUGAACGCGCGUGGGUGGAGGCAGCCUUUGCACCGUACUAUGGUCAACGCACAGCUCGUGACAUUCGCGAGGAUCAGGAGUUACGUCGUAUACACGAAGAGAAACCCAUGCCUACCUCAAUUGCCGAGUACAAAGAUCAUCCGUUGUAUGCGCUUCAGCGUCAUUUACUUAAAUUCCAAGCAAUCUAUCCGCCGGAACCACCAACCUUAGGUUUUAUACGUGGUGAACCGGUAUAUGCGCGUGAGUGUGUGCACACCCUACAUUCGCGCGAAAUUUGGCUGAAGCAGGCUCGCACUGUUAAGCUGGGCGAACAGCCUUAUAAAAUUGUAAAGGCGCGCCCCAAGUGGGAUCGGUUGACACAAACAGUCAUAAAAGACCAACCGCUGGAGAUUUUUGGGUAUUGGCAGACAGAAGAUUAUGAGCCGCCAACCGCCGAAAAUGGCGUUGUGCCACGCAAUGCAUAUGGCAAUGUGGAACUAUUCAAAGAGUGCAUGUUGCCCAAGAAAACCGUACAUUUACGCUUGACGGGCUUAAACCGCAUUUGCAAAAAACUUGGCAUCGAUUGUGCGCAUGCAGUGAUUGGUUUUGAUUUUCAUCAAGGCGCCUGUCAUCCUCUAUACGAUGGUUUUGUCGUUUGUGAGGAGUUUGCCGAUCAAGUGACGGCGGCUUGGUAUCAAGAUCAGGAAGAGCAAGAGAAAAAGGAGCAAGAUAAAUAUGAAGCACGUGUUUAUGGCAACUGGAAGAAGCUCAUUAAAGGUUUGAUUAUACGCGAGCGGCUAAAGAAGAAAUAUAAUUUUUGAAUGUAACUAUGUACCCAGAGGCGUAUUAGUGUUAAGUUACAAGUUUAUUAUUACCGUAUGUUUCGUUUUGUUUCGCCUGACGAUUCUAUGAAUUUGUAUUUUGCUUUCUGUAUUUAUGGUCCAUAUAUGUACGUACUUGCGAUUUUUGUAUUUUUUUUUUUUUGUUUUAACUGUCGCAUUAUUUUUUUUCAAUGUAUAUUAAAAUAAUUUCAUGCUAUGAAAUAAUAUGCAUUGUAGACAAAUAUAUAUUAAGGAUUUAUAGUACGAACUGGUUUUUACAAAAUAAUACUAUAUACUUAUACACUUUUUCUGUCCAGGAAAUUCACCAAAUUUGUAAUAAAAUAACGUUGGUAUUUAAGUAUUUUGUAUUGAAGUGUAUACUAACAAGUCAUGGUUAAUGAAAUGUGUGUCCAUUGCAUUUGUACUAUAUUUCCUCCAUACGUGCAUUGUCUUCAUUCAGAUGCGCCACAUGUAUGUUUUGUCUUACUUGUGAUUAAAUAAGCAGUUUUGCAUUCAAAAAUAAAAGUUUUCUUUGUAA